CCCGCCGCGUGCGUUCUGCUGGCCGGGCCGGGCUCGGCGCGGCCAGUCGCUGGCGGAGAGCGGCGGGGACGGGAGCAGGGCUCGCAGCUGUGCCGUUCCCCACUGUAAAAAAAAAACCAUGGAUCAAGUGGGGGAGGAAGAUGCGAGCCCGCCGCUGAGCCCGCCGCUGAGCCAGGGGACCUUUCAGGAGAUAUGGACUUCUGAAAUCAUGGUCAGCCCUUUCUUGGAUUCGCAGCAGCUGACGACCUCAGCCCAGCUUGUCGCCCUGCCCUUCCCCGAGGAGGGGGGCAGCCCCAUGGAGCAGGCUAACUUCAGUCUGCUGGAUUCCCUCAUCUCCCCCACCGCCAGCCCAGUUCCUCUUGCAGAAGGCUUUGCCGUCCCGCCCCUGGAUGACUACUCGGCGGGCCCCGGGUUCACGCACCACCACCCGGAAGACUAUCCUGCUGGGGGCGGCUUCGCCUUUCCUCCCACCGAAGACUACCCUGGGGAUUGCGGCUUUGGUCUGGAGUUUGAGCAGUCUGGGACCGCCAAGUCCGUCACCUACACCUACUCCCCGGAGCUGAAGAAACUCUUCUGCCAAAUGAGCAAAACUUGCAAAGUGCUGAUUAAGACGCAGGUGGUGCCCCCGCCAGGCUCCACGGUCCGUGCCAUGGCAAUUUACAAGAGGUCGGAGCACAUGGCUGAGGUGGUCAAGCGCUGCCCCCAUCACGAGCGGCAUCCGGAUAACAACGACGGCGUGACCCCCGCUGACCAUCUCAUCCGAGUCGAGGGGAACCCCCAGGCCCAGUAUUACACGGAUAGAGAGAGCAACCGGCACAGUGUUUCCGUUCCUUACCAGAAGCCUCAGGUGGGGACAGAUUGUACCAUCAUCUUGUUCAAUUAUAUGUGCAACAGUUCUUGCAUGGGCGGAAUGAACCGGCGCCCCAUCCUGACCAUCCUGACUUUGGAGACUGCCCAGGGGGAGGUCCUGGGACGCCGAUGCUUCGAAGUCCGGGUCUGUGCCUGCCCGGGACGAGAUCGACGGUCCGAGGAACACACCUUUCAGCAAAAAGCAAAUUCCGCGGGAAAACCUAAAAAGGCUCCUUUGCAAGGCAGGCUUCACGGUGCCGCUAGCCGGAGGCCAGAGGCCGGUGCGCCGGAGGAAGACGCACCUGGACGCGAAUCGGAAGACGAACGCGUACCUGAAGUUUACACCCUCCAGAUUCGCAACCGCAAGCACUACUUGAUGCUGAAGAGGAUCCUGGAUGCCCUUGAAUUCCAGGAAGCCGGCCAGCAGGAGGAUCUGGAGAGAUGCAAAUCUGGGAAAAGCAUCCUGAAGAGCCGGAGACGAGGACCCCGGUUUGCUUCGCCCCAUCAGAAGAAAGUCCGGGUGAAGGACGAGAUGCAGGACUCUGACUAAUGCUGCCCCCCCACCACACCCCUUGGCUGCUUUGGGCUUUCUUUGUCCUUCCCUGGCACCCUUCCCUAGUUCAGGGUUCCAAGGAUGCUCAUUUCCUGAUCCAGCAUCUUCCUCAAGGGCCCCUCGGCUUGCCUCGGCACAUCUGGAAGGGGUCCCCAUCACCAGCUGCCAUUUGCAGCCCAUCCCCUGGUCCCAAAACCUCUUGGUUAGCUGGGGGCCCUUGAGAAUUCCCCCUUGCUAUCAACUUCCCCAUCCCCUAAAGAUUUGCAAAAAUUGCCUUUCAACCUGGUGUUAAAACGUCCUCCCUGGAUUUCACACCCACAACCCAGGUGGGGGACACUUGCUAAAGGCUGAGCUUUGGGAAGAGGGGUGCUCAAGGCUGGUCCUUGACCCUGAUCCUACACUGAAAUGUUCCUGCCCCUCCCCACCUGCAAGGAUUUGCUAGCCCAGUGUUUCUCCCCAUGGCUGGCUGGGGAAUUCUGGAAGUUGAAGUCCACCCAUCUUAAACUUGCCAAUGUUGAAAAACCCUGGGCUAGUCUUCAGAUCCAGUGGAUUAUCAAAUUCUUGUUUGUUCGUUCAGUCGCUUCCGACUCUUCGUGACUCCAUGGAUCAGCCCAGGCCAGAGCUUCCUGUCGGUCGUCAACACCCCCAGCUCCCCCAGGGACGAGUCCGUCACCUCUAGAAUAUCAUCCACCCACCUUGCCCUUGGUCGGCCCCUCUUCCUUCUGCCCUCCACUCUCCCCAGCAUCAGCAUCUUCUCCAGGGUGUCCUGUCU